GCCAAAUGCCAGAACGAGGGGGCUUCGGCGGCAAUGGCCGCCGAAGGAUGUUUUAUGUAGAAUGAAAAAUUUAUUUGAAGUUAUCUAAAUAAUCCCUAAAGGAAAGUUAAUUUUUAGUUAUAAUUCGUGAAAGUGAAGUAGCUUAGUGUUGUCUGUUAUAGUUAUUGUAGUACCGUUGUGGCAGUUUAGCUUUAUUAAGGAAGAAUUAUUUUCGAGCAUGAUUGCUAAUGUGUUUGUUCUUAGUUAAAUGGAAUAAUGGAUAUUUGAAGAAAAGUUAUAUAUAUUAUUUGUAAGGAUAAAAACGUAGGUUGUGCAUAUUGUUUCGAGCAAGACUCGCAUAACCUACAUACAUGUACUGGGUAAAUGAUAGCGUAUUGCAUAAUCGAAACCCAUAAAAAAAGGAAGAAGAAGAACAAAUGCCAGAACCUUUACUUUUUCUAAAAAUUCACAUUUAAGACUCCUCUGCAAGCACCCGCAGUUUAAUAAAAUGAGACCUGUUUAUUAGCCCAUUUAAAAUUCAUGUCUUUUUCCUCACCUUUUUAUACAACAUGACUGAACUUUUUGAAAACCUAGAAUCUAAUAACAGAACCGCCGUCGAAGAUGCCAAGGAAAAACUUCGAGAACUCUUCUUAAAAGUUAAUGAACCAUGGCUCUUAAAUGGAUUGUACGAAUAUUAUUUAAGCACCAGUUCGCCUCGAGCUAUGGAAAUUUUGGUCAAUAUCAAGGAACCCCACCAUAUAUAUUUGUUUGAUAGGAUAUCAGAUUCGAUCAAAGGUCCAAAAGUAGAGAUCAAAGUCCAGGCUCUGACACUUUUUGGAUAUGUAGCUCGUAGACAACCGACUUGGCUAUACAAACUACAAGAACAUAUUCUCCUUAGGGAUAUACUAAAAUUACUCAGAAAUGAAGUGGAACUUUUGCCAUUAAUAAGCGCCCUUCUCGUUUUAAUAGUGUUGUUGCCAAUGAUUCCCUCGUCCAUGGGGAAUUGCUUAAGAGAUAUUUUUGACAUUUUCAGUCGUCUAGCAUCUUGGAAUUGCAACCCAGGAAAAAUUGUCGAAGACCAAUUGAUACAUAUGCAGGUCGCCCUAUAUGCUCUAUUUUUAAGAUUAUAUGGAAUGUAUCCGUGUAAUUUUUUGGGAUAUCUCAAGGUUCAGUACAAAGAUAAGAAUACUCCAGUAUUUGUCCAUACUAUUAAGCCAAUGUUAGACACUGUUAAAAUGCAUCCUUCGUUAGUAACAGCCACUGAGGAAACAGAGGUAACAACAGAAAGGUGGAGAAGUAUGGGGGUUCACGAUGUGAUAGUUGAAUGCGAAAGGUUUAGUUUAGAUUUAACUGACAGAUGUCCUCACGAUUCAUGUCAGAUAGCGUCUGGGUUUAGAUCUAGGUCUGGAACUUCAAAUUCAACCAUCGAAUCUUCAUAUCAUCUACAAAAUCUGAAAAGUUUAGCAACCCUACAAAUGCCAGCAGUGGAAUCACCUUCGUUCUUUAGUCCAAGUGUAAUGUUCAAAGAAAAUUCGUCUCAUUUCUCCUCUCUACAAAGCAGCUCGCCUCCAGAAGCUGCCAUGGAAGCCACUCCAGAAACGACUCCCGUCAGAGUAAGGGACUACCGAGCGCUUUCCAAUCGAUCUCAACCCCUCAAUUCAAAUAUAGCCCGCGCACUGACCACUUUCACCUCGAAAACCAGAUCUGGUUCUGUAUCAACGACUCCUUCACACUCACAACCGUCAUCACCCAUGCAUAAGGAACCGUCAUCACCAUUCAGUUUUCCUACAGACAUGAAACACGAACCAAUUAGGCAUAAGGUUAGCAAGUUGAAGUUGGACAGAUUCCAGAUUACAGAAACGUCAGUGUCAGUGACUACAGAUCUAACUCGUAGCAAACCGAAUCCAUCUAGUCCAUUACGUAUUACAAACGCAGAGUUAAGUUCAAGGCAUUUUAAUAUAAGCCAAAGAUGCGAAUCACCUCGUAGCCUUGAGGACGAAGUUUUGUCUGUUGUGAGCAAAAUCGACGAUCCGAAGAAUCGAGGAAACCAGUUUUCUAUACAGGAUCUGGACGAAGUUUUAGAUGUGACGUUGGGUGAAGAACCUGAACACGGUUCGCCAUGUACUGAAGGAGGUCUGCACAUGCCAAAUUCUAAGUCUAUGAAUAAUUUUGCGAAACGGGUACAGCGGUUGAGACACCACAGUACAUGCAAUCCGGAACCAGAGAAAUUAGAGACUUCUACGGGAAGUAGUCCCGGAAACGGUAUACCAUUUUCUCCUAGUACGACAGUUAGACGCGCAAUCUCCUGUCCCGAAAUGAAAAAGAGCCCCACGAACCCUUCAAAAGACAAUAUGGACAGGCCUUUGAAAGAAACCGACGAGGAUGCUCAGGAAAAGAUCGGUAAUUUCGCACCGCAGAAAAGUAAAUCCGCCACCAACAACUCUACGCUAGCGAAAUCUGAGAAUAAAUUCAUUAAAACGUACAGUUGUACGAUGACGCAGACGGAAACGUUCUGGCCCUACGAGCACCUCUUCUUGGGCGUAUUUCCCUCGCUGGAUAACUCGGAGAUGAAGCCCAGUCCGGACGCUAGCCCUGCUCCUUUUCAUAUCUCCCAGGAAAAAACGCUUCCGUCUUCUAUUUAUGAUACCUUAGAUCAUUACAUUGCUGUGGCCGUUCGCUCCAGCGAUAAACACAGUAAAGAACACAUGAAGGAACAGCUGGAACUAGUACAUCAACAACUUUUGUUCGAAAGACAUAGGAGAGAAACGCACGCGUAUAGAAACAGAAGACUGCUAUCGGACGCCAAGAGCACUAGGUCGUUAGAAGAAUAUAAUUCAGCACUCAGGGAUACCGUUCAGCUCCAACAGAAAGAUCUGGACGAUCUGAGAGCGCAAUUAGAUAGUUACAAAAAGGAGAGGUCGAACGAGGAUAAGAAACUGAAUAAAACGAUUAAUUAUUGGGAGAAACAGUGUAAAUCACUUCAAGAGGAAGUUAAAACUUUGGAAGAGAACAACGACCGUUUGACGAAAGACUUGACUGAUUUUAAAUCGAAAUGUUCGAUAUCAGAUACGAAACUAUUGGAACUGCAAGAACAAUUACAAGAAACACUGGCCGAUGCAAAUACAGCGAAACAGGAGGCGCUGCAAGGGGUAAAGGUCACAAAGGAGUUGCAGCAAGUGAAUAAAGACAUGGUCAUGAUCGGAGAACUGCAUGCCAAAUACCAGGAGAGAUUAGACAGUUUAGAUGUAGGUAAAGUGUAUCAGUGCGAGUUAGACGAAGUACGGAAAGCAUGCCAUGACGAUGUUAAAGUUCUCAAUCAACAGCUGGAUAACAAAAUGGCAAGUUUAGAAGCCUACAGGACCAGAGUUCUCGAGUUAGAACAUGUGAUAGUCUCGAAGGACGAUCUAAUUUUAUCUCAGAAACAAAUGCUGGCAGCCAUUAAUGAAGAAAAGUUUGAGAAAUUGGAGGCUGUGGAGAGCAAAUACCAAACUCAAUUGACGAUAAACCGAAGCCUGGAAGAGAAAAUUCUCGAUUUGUGGCAAAGACUGGAACUAGGAAAAACUUCUGUGCAUUCUCCCGAUACUAGUAGCUGUCACGAAGUAAACGUAACGACGACAGCGGGCUUCAGUCCUCAUUCGUCUCCUCUUUCAGCGUCGUUAGCGUCGUCCGAAGGAAGUACCGCGUUCCAUGAAAGAGAAGUAAAGAACUUGCAGGCAAUUGUAGACCAAAGAGAAACACCUUCGGGAUCCAAAUCCAAAUUUGACGAAUCGGGAGAUUCACUGCCCGAACAUGAGGGAUGAUACAGAUUUUCUGAGAAAACCGACUGAUUUUUCACAAUUUUUAUCUAUUUUCUUAUUAUUUAAAAUGAAGCAAGAGCGUCAAAAAGGAAUCUGAUAAUUUUAUAUUGAAUGUUACGGCGAAGCUUACAUACUAUUUUGUGUAAACGAUUUUUUAUCAUUUUUUGUAUUAAAAACAGUACCCGGAUAUCGACUCGUAUUAUCAGUGACUUCAGUGUUUGUCUGGAAAGUUUCAGUCAGAAUUUGGUUUUAGUAAUUUGUUCCAGUUUUGUAAAGUUAUCACCAAUAAGUUAUCACAAAAACUGAUUGAAUGCGUUGAUUCUUUAAAAGGUUGAAUGAUUCGAAUAGUAGCCGUGAUCUAUGCUUACGGUAUCAGUUACCAUAAUAUUUCUAGCACAUUUACCUUUUUCAGUCUUGCUUCAGUCUCGUUUUAUCACGAUUAACGCGUUUUAAACAGUUUUGAACACUUAAAGGAAUUUGCGAUUGUGAAAAUGCUAUCUUUUUGGUUAAAAAUUUGCAUCUUUUAUUAGGUGAGUUACUAUUGGUUGAAAACAAAAUCUCACUAACAGAAAAUUAAUCGGUUCUAAUUAAGGAAGCACCAAAAAGGUGAAAUUCAACUCUAGUUUUCUUUAUAAGUGAAACAUAGUGAAGUAUAGCGAGGCAUAGUAUCAUUGUUUCAGUUCCGUUUCGUCAUGAUUAACGAUCAGAGUGAUUAAAUAAUGAGUCGAUUUUUUAAUAUAGUUGAAUCAUCCGAAUCUCGUUAUAGUUGUCAAAGUUUUAAAAUCAUUUUUUGAAAGCGACAAUAGUACAUUAUUAGUUUAAAUUUUUUUUGCUCAUUCUAUUGGGUGAGAUUUGUCUGUCUGUUGAUUUCCAACAGACAGAAAAAAAAAACGUUCAGUUCCAAAGAAAGAAUCGAUACUACGAAAAGGAAUCACUGAAAACAACGAGAAUGAUAUAUUCCAACUCUAAUUUUUCUUGGUAGUUGUUUAGCUGGUUGACUGCAUUGCCAAAGAGUCAUUUGAGUAUUAUAUUAAAUGGUACUCAGUCCAGAAGAUAAACUCAAAUAUUGAGGGCCAAAUUUGGUACUCAGUAUAACUUAAAAAACUAACAAAUAAAAAUCGUCAUGCCCUCAUGGGUCAACACGCUCUAGAACAGCUGCAGCAUAAAUGGCAAGUUAACUGUGUACCACAUUUGGUACUCGUUCAAAAAUCGUUCAUGGUUCAAAAAUUUUUAUUUUCACAUCUCUAAAUCCUUUGGUAAUCUCAUUUGUGAUCUCCACAAAUGAGAGUCGUCUGAAUCUGUAAUAAUUUGUUGUGUUUAGUUUCUUUGGUGUUUAUUGUGUUAGUGUUCAUAUGUGUGCACAAUUUGAGACUAUAGGCAACACACUGCAAUUACUGUUGUCUACCUUCUGUUUUUCUUUCAUUCGUUAUUAUUUGACCUCAAAACCAUCCUCAACUUAUCUAUAACUUGUAAUGUAUCCCAGGACAUCACUUUUUUUAACACGUUGGCUGCCGUGAGACACAAAUGUUAUGUCUCAUGUUGUUUUCGAGAACAGCCACGUGACAUACCGUAGUUGUCUCGUUAGCAUAGAAUCGUGAGCCUCAUAACCAUUAGGACAGAUUUUUUUUAUUAUGGCGGUCAACAUGUUAAAAAGACGACACUGUGAAUCACUGAUGUACGUUGAUCGAUUUUUAUUACAAUUUUGAGAUUAAAAGUGAUGGAUGAGCCUUAAAUGCUACUUUAAAAUUAUGGUUCGACCGCUCAAACUUUCAGUUUUAUUUUAUUUAAACGAAUACAUAUUUUUGCGAACUAUUUUGACAAAAUGUAUGUUUACAUAUUUAAAAAAACUUUAAAGAUU